AUGGCUUAUUUAUCUGUAGUCGGGUCACAUGCAGUUAAUGGUGUAGCUCAAUUACAUAGUCGUUUACUUAAAUCUACAUUAUUUAAGGACUUUUAUGAGCUUAAUCCAGAAAAAUUUCAAAAUAAAACAAAUGGUAUAACACCACGUCGUUGGCUACUUUUAUGUAAUCCAGAUUUGUCUGAACUUAUUUCAAGUAAAAUUGGUGAUGAUUGGAUUACAGAUUUAUCAGAAUUAGCAAAAUUACGUGCUUAUAUUAAUGAUGAACAAUUUAUUCGUGAUGUUCAACACACCAAACUUGAAAAUAAAAAGCAUUUAGCUAAAGUUCUUCAACAUGAUUUUAAUAUAAAAGUUAAUCCAGAGACAAUAUUUGAUGUACAAGUAAAACGUAUUCAUGAAUAUAAACGACAAUUGCUAAAUUGUCUUCAUGUUAUUACACUAUACAAUCGUAUUAAAGAUAAUCCAAAUAUUGAUAUUGUACCACGUACAGUUAUUUUUAGUGGAAAGGCUGCACCUGGUUAUCUACUGGCGAAAUUAAUUAUCAAACUAAUAUGUAAUAUUGCACGUACAAUUAGUGAUGAUUCAGCAGUUGGUGAUCGUCUGAGGGUUCUUUUUCUUGAAAAUUAUCGUGUUAGUCUUGCUGAAAAAAUUAUUCCGGCCGUUGAUUUAUCUGAACAAAUAUCAUUGGCUGGUUUGGAAGCAUCAGGUACAGGUAAUAUGAAAAUGAUGCUCAAUGGAGCAUUAACCAUUGGUACAUACGAUGGUGCAAAUGUUGAAAUAGAUGAAGAAGUUGGACGUGAUAAUAUAUUUAUAUUCGGUAUGACAGUUGAAGAAGUUGAUGCAUUACGUGAAAAAGGAUACAAAUCGAAGGAAUAUUAUGAACAUGAACCGGAAUUAAAACGAGCAUUAGAUCAAAUACGAGAUGGAUUUUUUUCACCUGAAGAUCCAAAUCUAUUUGCUGAUAUUAUUAAAAAUCUACUUGAAUUAAAUGAUCAUUAUAUGUUGCUUGCAGAUUAUGCCGAAUAUGUGAAAGCACAAGAACGUGUUGAACAACUUUACAAAAAUCAAAUCGAAUGGACAAAAAAAUGUAUUUUAAACAUAGCUGGAGCAGGCAAAUUUUCAUCGGAUCGGACGAUUACUGAAUAUGCUAAAGACAUUUGGAAUGUUACGCCAUUAAAGCCAAAAUUAUCAGAACAUCAUCAUGACCGACCAGGCAUCAAACAUAAAAUCGAACAAAUUGAAAUGAAUCAAGCGACUAUUCGACGUGAAGAUUAUUAA